UGGGUAACACUUUGGCCUUCAACUAUACCUUAUAGUUAUUUGGGAAUAUUUGGUAGCUUCCUUAAUUAUUUAGUGGAAAACCACCACAAAUGGGUAUGCUAUGGGUUCUGGGUGUCCUGGUUAAUUCACAUAGUAGAAGCCCUCUACGGUGUUAAGUUAUGCCAAUCUAAAGGAAUCACCGACCCAGCAAUUCAGUUUCAAUGGUUCGUUCAGACACUUUUAUUUGGGUAUGCUUCCUUUGGUCUUCUGGUGUCUUACAAACCUUCAGCCAAGAAGCAGUACUAG